ACCUCAUUAUCACGCGACGUCAUCUCUGAGGAGCACGUUUUUGAGAGUUGUGAUCAGAUCAGUAAGUUAAGUUAUUAUUAUUAGUUAGAUUGUCAUGGGAGAGAAGAGCCGGCUGUGCCGGGUGUGGGUGGGCGCGGAGACGGGGAUUCUGAAGGGGAUCAGCCCGGCAAAGAAACAAGCCUUUAACUUUUCCGAGACGAGCAGCCUGAGCCGAGACCAGGAGGUUCGGGUGCUGUGCUGGGGAGACCCUGCCGAGACGGAAGUGCUAGUGGGCUCCGUGAACGGGACCGUGCGGACGUUCAGCACCGAAAAGGGGGUCUUUACGGAGACCAGGCAGUGUGGGGACGCUGAUCAGGGGUUCUUCACCGGGCUGGCGGUGGCGGACUGCGGCCUGGUGACAUGCGUGGAGACGGGCCGGCUGCGUGUGUGGAGGGAGGAGAGCAGCAGCCCCGUCGUUGACAUCGACGCGGGGAAGAACGUGUGUCGUAUGCGACAGAACGCUGCGCAGAAGAACCGAGUCGCCACGGGUGGAAAGGAGAACGGGCUGAAGAUCUGGGACCUGGAGAGACCUGACACGCCGGUGUUCACAGCGAAGAACCUGCGGGACGAUUGGCUCGACCUGAAGCAGCCAGAGUGGCUUCGGGACGCCGCGUUCCUCCCGGACUCCGACAAGAUAGUGACGUGCACGGGGCAUCACCAGGUGCGUGUGUACGACCCUUCCACCCCUCAGCGCAGGCCCGUUUUGGAGGUCCGCUACGGGGAGUACCCUCUCACCUGCCUGUCUCUGGUGGCCGGGGCGCAGUCGGUAGUGGUGGGCAACACCCACGGCAGCCUUGCGGUGCUGGACCUCAGGAAGGGGCUGGUGCGAGGUUGUCUAAAGGGGCUGCAGGGGGGGGUUCGGGGGCUGCAGUGCCACCCCACCCUGCCCCUGGUGGCCUCCUGCGGCCUGGAUCGCUUCCUGCGCAUCCACAGCCUGGAGACGCGUGCGCUGGAGCACAAAGUGUACCUCAAGUCCAGACUCAACUGCCUCCUGCUGUCCAGCGGAGCGCUCGGGGAGGAGGUCGGGGGGGACGUGGAGGAGGUGAAGGAGGAGGAGGAUGAGGUGUGGCAGAGCAUGGAGAAGGUGGAGGAGAAGAGCAAGCGAAAAGCCCCAGAGGAGGAGGAGGUAGAGGAGGAGGAGGAGGCGGUAGAGGUGGAAGUGACGCAGGUGACCAACAGUAAGAAGAAGAAGAAGAAGAAAGGCCAGAAGUGAUGUUGGUCAGAGGCUUCAUGUUCUCCAUGGCGAGGAUCAAUGAACCCGGUUGGAUAGCAGCACCCAGCCCUGCACCCCAGGAGAGGGCCCCUUAUUGGCCAGCAGCUGGUUUCUUUUGGACAUUGAGGCGAUGCGUCUGCUUGUAUGCUCUGUUGUCGAUAAAGUUUUAGAAGAUAUUUUCUCUAACCGAGUGUCUUUUCAGGUGUUUGUUGGAAGUGCAUCAGUAAACAGGACAAGUGUUUUAGAUCCGAGUCUGGAUGUGUAUUUUGAUCAAGUUUGGAUCACGAUACAAACUGGGAAUUAGUUUAACAGACGGGGGAAAUAUGAACAUAUGUUUUAUUAAGCCGUUUUUUCAAAGAAAUGUAUUAACCAUCCAAAGUACACUAAAAUGUGCUGUUUUAUGUUAUUGUGGUUUUAGGAAAACAAAGACCAACUGAAGGUCUGUCGAUCUUGCAUACGUAACAGUGGUUAUAUAUUCAUGGUUCAGUCUGGCUUGAAAUAUAAGGACAUCUUCAACAAUGCUUCACAGAUUAAACACAAUAAAUAUGAACCUCAUGGAA